AUGGCACGGCCUGUCGCCGGACCCAGCAUAAGCAGCACAAUAAGUAUGGAGUCUUGCUACAAUUCCAGCGCGCUCAGAAUUUCCUUGACAACCACUCCGUUUAUGUCCGGGAGUCUUGCCCACCCACAUACUGGCCACGGUUUGAUGUGGGUCAACGGACCAGAGCCUGGUAUCAACGGUCACUGCAGCCCGUCCUGCACCGGGCGCAUGGAGAGCUGCAAUGUUGGCGCUCCAGGUAAAGCGGUGAAGGAGCGGGUUAAAGCCGUUUGGCUGGUCCGUUCCGGGGGUGCCAAUGAGUUUACCCCACCCGGCUGCCGCACAUCUGCAUACUCUAUAGGGUAG